ACUGUUAAAAAAUCGAUGACAAAUUUAGGUUAUGUUUAUGACAUUAGUAACAAAUCGCCCUUUAUUUUUAAAUUUAAAAGUAAAUAUUUACAUAAAAUGAAUUGAAUUGAUAUUAUGUUAGCCGUUCAUAAAGAUGUUGUGAAUAUUGUGCAAGCUAAGUUCUUGUCUGCUGAGUUGGUGAAAAGUAUUCAUCUAAAUGUUUAUACAUUGGAGGAAAUUUGGCCAAACGAAAACCGUAUUUUGGCUUUAGUUGAAUACAAUAAGUCAUUUGCUUUAUUUGUACUAAUAUCAUCCAAACCUAGACCUAACAGUAUAUCUGAUCUUUCUAUUGAAACUGUUACUCCUAUUGAUGAAUUUUUCUCUUGUAAUACUGAACCUAUAGAAAGUAGUCAAAGCCAUAUUAUUUUUAUUAUUACUUAUAAGAAAAUUAGAAGGGCAUUUAAAAUUGAAAUUGGAGUGGAAAGUUCUAAUUUUGCUUCAGAAGUAAUUCGUUCACAAGAAUUUUCCAUUUAUAGUAAGCCAAAUUUUGUUUGGCUGGAUAAAUAUACAAUGAAUCAACCAAGCCGCAGUUCCGAUAUAGACCAGGAUGAUAUUCCUGUUACUAGGCAAAAAAUUGCUCAAGGUCAAACUUCAAUCAAUAGAGAAUCUAUGUUAAAGUAUCAAUUGAAGUUAAAAGAACCGGAGUUUACCCAGAAACAAGAAUUUACAAUAUUUGUUGGUACAUGGAAUGUGAAUGGACAACCACCAUCAAUAUCUCUAAAGAAUUGGUUAAGUUACGAUGACAAUCCUCCAGACUUAUAUGCAAUUGGUUUUCAAGAAAUUGAUCUCAGUAAAGAGGCUUUCCUAUUUAAUGAUACUCCAAGAGAAGCUGAGUGGUACAAAUAUGUGAUAGAAGGAGUACAUCCUAAAGCUAAAUACAAACUAGUAGGAUUAGCGAGAUUAGUUGGAAUGCAAUUAGUAGUUAUGGUAAAUAGUCAGCAUUACCAAUAUGUAAAAAAUAUAUCUGUAGAUACAGUUGGGACAGGGUUAUUAGGUAAAAUGGGAAAUAAGGGAGGAGUAGGCGUUAGACUAGAAUUACAUAAUACGUCAUUAUGUUUUGUAAAUUGCCAUUUAGCAGCUCAUGUAGAAGAAUUUGAACGGAGGAAUCAGGACUACAAGGAUAUAAAUGCAAGAAUGAAUUUUAGGAAAAGCCCACAAGCAAUUAAAGAUCAUGAACAGGUGUAUUGGUUGGGAGAUCUCAAUUACCGUAUAACAGAUUUGACUACUACACAAGUCAAAACGUUAUUGAUAAGGAAUGAAAUGCCAACACUUUUAAGAGCUGAUCAAUUGAAUCAACAAAAAGAGAGGGGAAAUGUCCUUUUGGAUUAUGAAGAAGGGGACAUCGCUUUUCAACCUACCUACAAGUACGAUCUAAAUACAGAUACAUUUGAUACAAGUGAAAAAGCCAGACCACCCGCAUGGACUGACAGGAUACUGUGGAGAGGAAGAGGUAUUUACCAGGUGCAGUAUCGAAGUCACAUGGACCUACGAAUAAGCGACCACAAGCCAGUAAGUGCCCUCUUUAAAUCAGAAAUUAGUGUUGUAGAUCCAAUCAAGUAUAGAAAGAUUCACGAAGACCUCUUGAAAAAAAUGGACAAGUUCGAAAAUGAGUACUUACCACAAGUUACCGUUGAUCAAACAGAAGUUGUAUUCGAUUUGAUUAAGUUUAGAGAACCGCAAGCUAGAGAAAUAACUAUCGCCAAUACUGGAAUGGUGCCAGCUGAAUUUGAGUUUAUCAAGAAAUUAGACGAAACAAGUUAUUGUAAAGAUUGGAUGAGAAUAAUACCUUACUGCGGCAGUAUAAACCCAGGAGAAAAAUGUGAUGUGAAAUUGGAAGUCUCGUUGGAGACUAGUCUGUCAAAAAUAUACGAUAUUUUAAUUUUACAUUUAAAAGGAGGAAAAGACAUGUUUAUAAUAGUAAGUGGUGAGUGUCAAAAAUCUAGUUUUACGGCUUCCCUUGCUGCAUUAUGCAGAAUACAAGUUCCAAUAAUGCAAGUUCCUGAUGAUCAAUGGAAGUUAGCGGAAAGUGGAGAAUCUGGAGUAUUAUAUUCAGUUCCGCGAGAAUUAUGGUUGCUAAUAGACUAUAUUUAUCGACAUGGAAUGAAGACUAAAGAAUUGUUCGAAUCUAGCGCUCUGCAUGAAGAAAUUAUUAGAAUAAGAGACUGGUUAGAUUUUGGUUCCUUAGAUCCAUUCCCUGGCACUGUCCAGGCUGCUGCUGAGACUCUAUUGCUCUUUUUAUCAUACACCAAGGAUCCUGUGAUACCCUUCGAACUACAUGACACUUGCAUCGCUGCAGCUAGUAAUUACCAAAAUUGUCGUCAGAUUAUAUUUCAAAAAGUUUCCGACCUUCACCGCAAUGUGUUUCUGUAUGUUUGCAUGUUUCUCCAAGAACUUCUCAAAUAUCAGAACGAAAAUGGCUAUGAUGCCAAAACGCUUGCUUCUCUAUUUGGAGACAUUCUUCUCCGAGAUCAAAUUCGCAAUUCUAAACCUCAAGCGUCGAGAGGAAAAUCUAAUUUUGUAUAUAACUUCUUAGUCAACGACUUAAGCUCCUCUAUAAUUCCACCGAAAUAGUUUGAAGUAAAUUGGUUUCUAAAAUUUAUAUCUGGCCAGCUAGUAGUUGAAUGGAGUACUAUUCACGAAAAUGAUAAGAUGCAAGUCAAAAGGUAGCGACAAUAAAAUCAUGCCAAUUGUAUUAAACUUUUAAAAUACUUAGUUAUUUGCAGCUGUAAGAUGCGUAAUAACUAUGUUUCGAUAUACCAAUGCAAUAAGAGGACAUUUAGAGUUUUAAUAUAACUAUGUAUAAAUGUAUGUAGUCCUAAAGUUACAAUACGGGUACAAGUCAAGAUUAAACAGAAUUAAGAGUCAAUGAUUGUAGAUUUUCAUUAUCAAAUUUAACCAGAUAUCAUUAAAAUUAAAAAUAUACGAGAAAUAUAAAUGUACCAGCUAAAUUACUUAUUCAUCCUUUUUAGCGUAGUUGUAAAAUAGAAAAUGAGUAUUUAUGUAUUAUGAUUUUAUUAAAUAUUUAUUUUCGAUACAAUUUUCUCCUAAAAAAUUAUUUUCUCGAUAAUAUUCGUGAGAUGGGGCAUGGUUAUGUUAGCAUGUGUGGUAUGUUCCUUUAGUACGGCCGCUAAUAGUGGAACAAUACGGUCCUCUAAAACAUUCAAACAACUUUCUUCUGUCAUGAUAUUCUCUAAUCGCUCCAAACACUAUUUAUAAUAACAUACAAAAUGAAACUUGACGGCACCAACUUGUACAGCAUCACUAACAAUAACGAUUCCCAAUUAUCAAUUUAUCAAUUGGGGUAUCGUCUAGCCCAAUCAGGAACAGAAUAAUCUCCCUACAACGGUUUGUGCGAAAUUUCCUAACCUUACCCAACCUAUACUCUUAUGUCAACUAAAGAAUCUACCUUGUGUCUAUCUUACAAUUGUAAACUGUGUAAAACUACUAUUCUCGCAAUCUAACGUCAAAUGCCCUUAGCUGCUCAGUAGAACAAAACAGUAUGAUCAUGACCAUUCAGGUAAAUUACAAUUAUUUUAUUUUGGACGUUAAAAAUAGAGUGAAUAAGUAAUUUGGCAGCUGCUAUAAUUUGUGUAAAAUUCGUUGCGUUUCGAAAUCCGGUAUUUCUUAUUGUUACACUGCGGUAUUUAUCAAAUUUCAAAAGAUAUUUUUUAAUAUCUAGUUAGCUCUAUCCAUGUUUCUCAUAUAUUUGAAAAUAUGUAUGCUGUUAUUUAAACUGGAGUUUAAGUCUUGGAGUUGCGAUUUUUAGAUUCAGUAGAAAUUUUGGCAUCGUUCAUCUGAAUUCGUAGGUACUAGUGAAGAAUUUAUUUUAGCACUCAAUUUAUUUUACUCAUUUGAUUAUUUUGAGCUGAGUUAGCAUUUAUUUUCAUCAAUGAGAAUAUCGCUGACAAGAGAUUCUCAUAAUAUCUAAUAGUCAAACAAUCACGACGCUGAGUUCACGUAGACCAGCUCCACCCUUAGUGUAUAAAGGGUUCGGAAACAUCAAAAAAAAAAUUUAAGUCCUGUGGUCGACCAAUAGUUAUAAACUGAGUAUUUUUUAUCUAAGUAAAGGUAGAUACAUCAUCAUUGUCUAAUUAUCUUUAAUGUCAACAAUACUAACCUUGUUUGGGAUAUUAUCAUAUGGUUGAUGAAGAGGAACAUCAAAGCGUUUUAGUGUUUUACAAUAUUGCUUAUUUUCGAUUAAAAGGUAUGUUUGACUUAAUUGGAUGUUUUUAGAUUUCAAUAAUCACUUUAAACAUCUUUUUGUAGUGGUCAUACGUUAUAGGAUUCCACUGUGUUUCUUAGAAUACAAUUUGGUGGCUAUCUUUUGUGACGGUGUGUUCUGCAACGGUUUAUCUUCCACAUUGACCAAGACGACAGUGUAUCAAAUUGGUUUAUUGUUCAUGUUUCAUGGACUACUAUACAAGCGCUCGUGACGUCGGCAGACCUGCUUAUAGAAGCUUUCCGCCAACAUCCGAUUGACCUGUUAUUGACUCUGGUAUACUCAAGGCACUUGCAUGAAGGCAACAUCGAACCCUCUUUUCGCAACACGUUUAACAAGUUCUGCGGAAGCUUACUUACUAUGCUGAAUGUUCACCUGUACCCGUGAUUGGGGUCAAAUAGGCCAAUAUAGGACAGAUACAGAAUUCACGACUGUGGUCAAUUCUCUACUCGUUCCCUCUACAUUUUUAUUCGUGGACUCUGAAAAGUUACUCAUUUCUGAGACAUCUUUAGAACUAUAUCAUUUAGUCUUGUGUCUAUUUUAUUUCUGCAUUUGGGACGAAUGACACUGACACCAUUUUGUCCCAUACACUUAGGGAUUGGGGAGCGCAGUAAUUGCAGCACAAAUCUCACCAUAUAAGUCAUUUGUGGUGGGGCUCUCACCUCUCUCAUUUUUCGUAUGUGGAUGUGUGUGCGUGUGUGUCCUUCUGGGCGCUUGUUUUUAUCCUUCAUGCACCCUGAUCUACCCAAAUUGGGGCUUGUUGGCACGGAUUCCUUGAUAGAUAUUGGUCUGGGUUUGCUUGGAUUUCCUAGGCUUAUAAUCUCGUUCGCUGCGUAGAUGCGUCCUACACAGGAUGUGUGAGGCGAGUCUACGUCUGGGCCAGAAAAUCGCGUAUUGUUUAAGAGUCUUACUUGCAAUGCCUGCCAGCAACUAUCCUUUGAAGUGAGUAACUCUGCCAUCCGAAAUGGCGGAUUGCUGCAGCCCCUAUGUUUAUUUGGUUAUACCUUAUUCACAUCAGUCCUACGGUCUUAUAUGAAAAUAGGACGUUGUCUCAUGAAACGUACCGUGUUUAGCAUGAAAAUUUUUCCACCGCCUGUCCUGCGUUGAGUAGUGGCAAAACUAGACUCAGUCCCUCACGGAAGAGACAGAAGACAGUUCCUCUGAUCAACGAGUAUAUACACCAAGUUUUAUGGUUCCAAUGUACAGAGACCACUAACAAUGCUUCUCUUAAAGCUUUUCCGUUCUUAGACUUUAUUGGAUGGACUUAAAUGGAUUUGAUGUCAUAUGAAGUUUUGACAAUUCUGUCAUGUCAUAUUUUCAAUAUGAGGUAAGAAAUCUUUACCAUUUGGUACUCCUUAUUGGUUGACAUUGUGUUUGACUCUUUUGAACCUAUAGAUUGUCUGAUGACCGUAGAAGUCUAUCAGUUUAUGCAUAACUUAUAUCAGAAGACCUUAACGGUUCGUUAAGGUGUUAUGACCUCUCUCUUAGGGUGGCGAUUUGAGUUGUUUGAGUAACUAUUCUUGUAUUGGUUUCUGAUAUAGUUGGUGCCUAUUUGGAAACAUGACAGAUGGUUCAAUUUGUUAAUCAAGAAACGUGACAUAAAAUUCCUCGGUUGCAAUGAAAAGGUGAUCUUAUUACUCAAUUAUCGGUUAAUACCUUGAUAUACUCUAUAGGUAUUUCAGGUUUAUUUUCAAUCUUUCAAUGUUGCAUUGGGCUAUCGAUAUUUAGAAAUUUGAAUAGUUUUUAAAUGAACAAAUAGUAUUGCUAGUCGAAACAUGUUUAGUUAUUGCAGCCUUAAUUCCGUUUAGUAUUUAGUUAUCAAUAAUAAAAGUUGCUUUUUAAAAUAGCGCUGCAUUUUAAGUAUGAACGCAUUUAUUUAUUUCUUAUUAUUAUUUUUGUUAAAUAAGUGUAUUGUAAAUUAUUAAUUUUUUCGUUUAUUUUUUUUUAUGAAAAUGUGAAAAAUACAUGCUUAUUUAAUUUUAUGUAAAUUAAAGAGAUAAGUGGUACUGUUUGACAAACGCCCUGUAUAUUCGAUUUUUUGAAAUAUUCAGAGAAAAAUAUUAAGGUACACAUUUAAGGAAAACCAAAUUAUUCUGAAAAAUGUUAAAACUAAAUAGGAAAAAAACUCAAAUUUAAAAUAAAGCACUAUUCAAUGGUAGAUAUAACUGUUUCCAUUUCUCGAAUAAUUUGGUGUCUAAAUUAUUUCUGAACCGUUUUUUUUUACAUUUUCCCGUAUUUAAUUUAAAAUGGGCUACGAACUUUAUCGUGCUAGUACCAAUCUGUGUCAAAUAGUCCUUUACAACAUUUAUAAUAUGUGAACAGAUAUUUCCAUGCAUACGGAUGAAGUUGUGGUAACCGAAAGAACCAAAUGAUCCAAUAUAGUCGACUAAACCCUCGAUAUCGUAAAGUAGACUCAAAAUUUGAAUAUUCCAAAAAAUAAUUGACAAUUGGCUUCCCUAAUGAGCAAUUUCGUUGGAUAUUUUUAUCUUGAAAAAUUUGUAACUGCACUAAUAAAAUUACUAGUUUAUAAUUCGUAAUGAGUAUUUACUUUUUUUAAGGGUAGAGUUUCGAUGCUAUAAAUAUUUGGAGUAUACUUUACGUCCGAGUUAUGAUUCUUUCUUUUUCCAUAAAUAUGUAAUACUUAUCAGUUUCUAAGAAUGUACCUUAGCAGAUUAUGGAUCAUCGUGAGAUGUUCUUCGUUAAAGAUUUUUGAGAAAACCUUUUGUGAUGUUGGAAGCCGAUGUGGAAUGUUGGAACUCCUGUACUCUGCUUUUCGCGGAGACAAAGUAACACAUUGUUGGCAAAGAACAUUCAUUUAAGUCACUUAAUUGCUAGAGAUUUUUCAAAAUUUCAUGAUUUUAAAAAUACACAUGUCAGAAAAGAAAUAAAUUUCAUACUGAAUUUAAUAUAAAGUAUUAAAAACAAUAAACUUUUAGAAGC